CAGAGGAGUAGCGAGGUUGAGGAAGGAACACAGGGACAGAGGGAGGAAGGGUGCGGGGCGAGCAGGAUGCACGAGCACGAAGGCUCGACAACCACAGGCACGUACUCACCGUACGUCCCUGCAUCGCCGCCUCCGCUUCCAGUGCCCGCGCCAGCACGCGUAACGACGGACGAGAGGCCCAUCGCUCGACCAACUGCGACGCCACACGGCCUGCACGUCCUCACGGAAGUGCAGGCCCCCAGUUGCUCCGAUGUAGCUGAACCUCCUGAGGUUCAGCUGGCCAGGUCGUGGGACGACCUCGACGACAUCUCCAGCAGCCCCCAAUCGCGCGCAGCCGACCUCCGAGAAGACUUGCACUCCCAACCGGAAGUACAAGCCCCCGGUAGUUCCAAGACAGCUGAACAUCUCGCGGUUCAGCUGACAGGUCCACGAUACAACCCCGACCGACUCGACGAAGCGGCGGACCUCGGCCUCGACUUCGACCUCGACCUCUCCAGCAACAGCAUCCACCGCUCUCUCCGCGAUCUUGGUGCCCCGACGAGCGCGCUGCCCGACGAUCGCGUAUUCCCGAGCAACGCGCGAGCUCGAGAUCGCGACCCGACUACUGCACUACCAACAGUGCAGCGGCCGGCGCUUACGAAACCCGACACGCCAGACCGGUGUCCCGACCGUCAACCCGGCGAGAACUUUACAGUUCUCGCCGAGGGCUCGCGUCUAGGGAACCCCACCCAACGUUCCAUCGACUUCUCCGUGGUCUCCGACACCCAUGGCGACUACGACGGGCACCACGAGUCGGAGAUCGCACGCGAACUCUGGGGAAUGCGCGUAGGACCGAAUGACGGUCAGGGCGGGGACGAGGGCGAUAUGAGCGAGGGCGAGGAAGUGCGAGAGGUAGAUGAGGAGGGUCAGGCAGAAGGAGGAGAGGGGGAAGGGUGCAGGGCAAGAAGAGAAGUCGAGCGAGUCGAGCGGGAUAGCUCGACGACAGGUACGUCUUCGAUAGACGUAUCUCUUCCUUCCCUACCACCAUCUCCUAUCCCACUACCAUCGCCUGUGACGACCACGACAACCAGUGCGGUUGUCGUAGCAGUCACCGCACGCGACGAUGGUACAGUCGGCCCAGGGGGCGACCUACAGGUUGCGCCCGGCACGGCCAUACAAUGCGGUAUGAUCGGCAAGCGAGUGUGCCCGACCGGCGUACCCAACGUCUCUGCGAUUCACGCGCAGACAUCGAACUUUUCGUUCGACGCCGGAUUCGAGGAACCUGGCGGCGACUCGAGAAGCGAGUACCUCACGGUACUCGCCCCGCCGUCACCAACCCCUGUCCUGAUACCACCAUCGGCGACAACCACGACCACCGAUGAGGUCGUCGUGGCAUCCACCACGAUGGACAGGGGGAACGCCGACUCACCAGACGUCCGACAGGCUGCACCCGAGCCUGGAUGGCGACCUUUGGGACGCUACAUGCCACCUGCACGACGCAUCCACGUGCAGCAAGACCGAUGUGAGCCAGCUACGGUCGACGGCGAUGUGAGCCAGGCCAAGUACCUCGCGGUACUUGACAUCUCCAGCGAGCGAAGUCAGGACCCACCGCGGAGCAUGUCCAAGAUGGACAUGCUGCCGUCUUCCCCGGACCCAGCGCAGUCAAACGAAGGGACGGGGACUGAUGAAGUCACGUCGGUACUUCCAGGGCAAGGGAAAUUUGGCGAGGACGAAUCCUCGUCCUCGCGGGUACAAUUACCUGGACCGUAUGGUGUGGCAGGCACAUCCAGCUUACCGGGUGAUGCACCCGCAUCGAAUGACGCGACGACCAGGGCGUCGUCGCGCGCCCAUAAAAGGGAACAUCCACCGCGAGGGCUGGAUUCAUCGGACUCGGGUGAACGACGACGUUCAACGACUACCGAUGGUAUCGAGACCGAGCCGGCGCGAGCGCAAGGAGGAGAUACCUCCUCUACGAGGGGGGGUACUCUCUUGAGAGGGGAAGGGAGCGGGGCCUCGAACGGCCGCCGCUCAUUCCACAACACAAGCAGUACAUCACACGAAGAUGUACUGGCCUCGAACCCAGCAGCGACACGGACGCCAAGCCGUGAGCUUGACGUACGGGCCACCCACGGGAACUCGACGCGAAUGCCAGCUACUCGCACAUCGAGUAGUUGGCGCGAUGUACAGGAUACGGCGCGAGUGGCCAGUACAUCAUACAAUGGUGUAUUGGGACCAGAUGUAGUGUCGGGCCGUACGUCCAGCGUAGUGCUCGACGUACGAGCUUCACGUCGGACAUCGAGACACGUACCACCUGUACCACGCGCAUCGAGUGAUCGACUCGAAGUGCAGGAUACGGGUGACCGUCGCAGCCACGACAUCACUCGGGAAGCCAGUACCUCGCGCCGCGAAGUACUGAGACUGAACCGAGUGUCGACCGCACUGGAUCGUCCAGUAACCGUCAAUGUGAGUCGAUGGCCGAGUGACAAGAGGUCGCGCGAGGAAUGCUUCAGCCUCCUUGCAGACCAACUUGACCACGACUUUGACGAGGCCGAUGUCGCGGCAGGUGCUGGCGAGUGGGACAUUUGGGCUCACUGCAAGAGGUCAGCACUUAGCUGUGGGCAUGCCAUCGAGGAGAUGUCCCCGCGACCGAGGACAUAUUCUCGUGCUGCUCAACGAGCAUGGGACCACUUCCAGAGGGAAUUGGAAGUGGUUCCUCUCGAGUUUGAUCCUCUGCUCAUUGCACCAUUACCUAUGGAGAUGGUGCGAUAUUGGGCCUACAACAAGCUGGGAUGGCUUGUUGUACCACCUCGCAGUCAACCUCGGGAUGACUCCGACUGGUAUAACUCCUCUGAUGAGGAGCCUCAUACCACCACUCGUGAGGAGUACCCUGACCAGAUUGAGUCGGAGUACUUCUCCGAGUCCGAGCACCAUAGCUCGUGGUACUCACGAAGUUCAGGGUCUGAAGAGACAAACUCGGUAGUAGUCUCUGACUACUACGAGCAGUCCGAGAUGGAGGAUACCCAAAGUUCUUCUGCACUAUCUGCCGAAGAUGAGGGUAACUCGGAAGAUGCAGACUACUACUCCGAGUCCGAGUAG